UAAAGUUGCCGCUGCUAACUUUUUUUAUACGAUGGAAAAAGAAGAAUUUGAAAAUGGACCGUCUGGUAGUACAGUUAAAUUUGGCAAGGCAAUGUACUUUAAAACAUCUUCCAAAAUGGGUUAUGUUAUUUACAAACGACCAGAACAACCAGGUGCUUUGUCUUUAGUUGAAC